AAGUACAGCAUAGUAAGAAUACUCCCAAAAUUAUUUUUUUGUAAACAGUAAAAUAAAACAGAGACAAAAAUAGUGAGUUUAAUGCUUGUAACACAAGGUAUUGAUCUUGCCAUUUCGGUCCCCUCACUUUUAAUUUUAAGUUUAGACCAGGAAGUAGUUGGAUUAAGUCAAAAUCAGCCCUGUUUUGGAGCGGGUUGGGUCAACGGUUGUGGAAAAGCUCAAAUUUCCGACAGCACUGGAAUGCAGCGGGAGUCCUCCCAGUCGGAUCUGGCUGAACGUGACGACGUGCCGACUCGGAACCGAGGAGCGAGGUUUCCUGGCGGAGCAACGGAGGGAGCAGGAGCCGAGCGGUUCAGACAGUGUUUGGCGCAAACCCUCUUCUCUUCAGCUCAACACCGGCGGCCAUGGCUCCAUCACUGUCCUCCUGAAGGGACGUUACUCCGUCGGAUGCUCUAGUAACCGUCGAGGAGGGAAAGAGGAGGGAAGGAGGAGUGAAGGAGGAGGAGGGGGCAUCCCUAUCAGUCUUCAACUACCAGGCUGACUCACGCCAGGAGAGCCUGAACACACGGAAAGGUUUCAGAGACCACAAGAGUAAGGAACACUGUGAAACAGAGCUGACGAAGGAAGGUGUGGAGAAGAAAACGGAGAGAGGGAGAAGGACAGACAACAAGAAGAGAAAGUGGAUUUGUAUCUGCUGUGACGAGGAGAAGAGAAAGUGACAGCUGGAAUACGAGAGAGAGGAAAAGUUUUAGAGAACAGCAACCCCCAGUAAUUAAGGUGAUCCAUCGGAAAGGUCGAGCUGACCUCUAAAGUUCAGAAGAACCAAGCUUCCCUACAACCCCUCCAACUGCUGUCACAGAACGGUCACCACACUGGGAGAACUGGAAGAACUGGUGUUGAGGAGAAGCCACCAUGAGCGACCAGAACGUCGUCAAGGAAGGCUGGGUCCAAAAAAGAGGCGAAUACAUCAAGAACUGGCGACCACGUUACUUCCUGCUCAAGGCAGAUGGCUCCUUCAUCGGCUACAAGGACAAACCGCAGGACUCGGACCUGGCCUAUCCGCUCAACAACUUCUCUGUAGCAAAAUGUCAGUUGAUGAAGACAGAACGACCCAAGCCAAACACCUUCAUCAUCCGCUGUCUGCAGUGGACCACCGUCAUCGAGAGGACUUUUCAUGUGGACACUCCUGAUGAGAGGGACGAGUGGGCCGAGGCCAUCCAGAUGGUUGCAGAAUCGCUGGCUAAACAGGAGGAGGAAGGCAUCCUGUGCAGCCCCACUUCCCAGAUUGAGAACGUUAAUGAGGAGGAGAUGGACACGUCCAUCAGCCACUACAAACGAAAGACAAUGAAUGACUUUGACUAUCUGAAGCUUCUGGGCAAAGGCACGUUUGGAAAAGUCAUUCUGGUGAGGGAGAAGGCGAGCGGCACCUACUAUGCCAUGAAGAUCCUGAAGAAGGAAGUCAUUAUAGCCAAGGAUGAAGUUGCUCAUACGCUCACGGAAAGUAGAGUAUUGAAAAAUACUCGGCAUCCAUUCCUAACAUCUUUGAAGUACUCAUUCCAGACCAAGGAUCGGCUUUGCUUUGUAAUGGAAUACGUCAAUGGAGGAGAGCUGUUUUUCCACUUGUCUAGAGAGAGGGUGUUUUCAGAGGACCGCACUCGUUUUUAUGGCGCCGAGAUUGUUUCUGCUUUAGACUACCUUCAUUCUGCCAAGAUCGUCUACCGUGACCUCAAGCUGGAAAACCUCAUGUUAGACAAAGAUGGCCACAUCAAGAUCACAGAUUUUGGCCUGUGUAAAGAAGGGAUUACCGACACUGCGACCAUGAAGACCUUCUGUGGAACACCGGAGUACCUCGCUCCUGAGGUUCUGGAGGACAACGACUAUGGGCGAGCGGUGGACUGGUGGGGUCUGGGCGUAGUUACGUAUGAGAUGAUGUGCGGCCGACUUCCGUUCUACAACCAGGACCACGAGAAGCUGUUUGAGCUCAUCCUGAUGGAGGAGAUCAAGUUUCCACGGACUCUGUCUGCUGAUGCCAAGUCACUGCUGUCAGGGCUGCUGAUCAAGGACCCCAACAAACGGCUGGGCGGCGGGCCGGAUGACGCUAAGGAGAUUAUGAGGCACAGCUUCUUCGGCACAAUCGAUUGGCAGGACGUGUACGACAAGAAGCUGGUCCCCCCCUUCCAGCCGCAGGUCUCCUCAGAGACGGACACGCGCUACUUUGACGAAGAGUUCACAGCACAGACCAUCACCAUCACUCCGCCAGAAAAAUACGACGAGGACGGGAUGGACGCAGCGGACAACGAGCGACGGCCUCAUUUCCCACAAUUCUCCUACUCAGCCAGCGGGCGGGAGUGAGCGCUUCGUCCCAGUCAGCCACCGUCGUCCCCAGUCGUGGCCAUUUUGAGGAAAACGCGUAGCCAUUCUAGGAAAAAAAUAAUAAUUACCAGUCUCCCCUCUUUUUCUCCCCGUCUGCCUCGUUGCAGACGUGAAGAAGUCUUUUUAGGGACUUUAAAAGAGGUUUUUGCACAGUGGGAUAGACUCAAGCUGGUCUCCCCACACUAAAAAAAAAAGUCUCCUACAUUUUCAGCGCUAUUUACUGCAGAAGGCAAUGUUUUUGUUAUUUAUUUUUUUCUCUCCAUCAGUUUUAAGUUAAACCCAUUCUCUUUGCGAUUAUCUUUUUUUUUUUGCCCUUUUUUCUUUUUUCUUCUUUGACAUUUUUGCACUUGGUUUCGAAGAGCCGUUUUAGGGAACAAAAAACCAAAAAUGUUGCCUUAUGUGUGCAGAUGUUUCGUAUCAUGCAGACAGGGUGGUUUUGUUGUCGUCUGUCGUUUUGUUUUUGUUUUUUUGGGAGAGGGCAGCCGGGUUUUGAGUCCUGAGGAAAAGUGCAUGGCUCAUGUUUCACUCAUUUCUCAUUCAUCUGUCAUGGUGGCACACAUUUCUAAAACCAUGGCGAAGAAAAUCAGCUAAAAAGUAAAAAAAAAAAAGAGAGAGAGAAAAUAAGAAAGAAUGAGUCUGUACCAUUUCCUUCAUUGCUGCAGUCACUACUUUUUUUUUUUUUUUUUUUUAUGGUUUCUUAUUCUGAAACACUAAACUGCCGCACAGCUCACGCAGGCGCUCCAGAGCACAAGCAGGUUCAGACUCCGCUCUGCGCUCCAGCUUUCCACAGACUCUGCCACUCUUCGGUUUCUCAUCUUCGCUGUAGGACAAGGGGAAUUAACUUUCCCACAGGGAAAUGUAGUUUAAAGUAUGUGUGUACUGUAUGCAUGUGGGAUGCGGAUGCUGUCAUAGCACACACACUUAUAAAACACACACACACACAUUACAAACACGUGUAUUUUCUGCUCCAACUCUGACUGGACAACGACCUAAUUUGGUCAUUGUAGAUUAAAUAAAAGGAGUAAAUUUCCCGCUAGAAAAACUCUAGAAUUCUAAGAUUGAUCUCGGAAAUUUUCUAGAAAAACUGGGAUAUUUCUGAGCUCCAAAAGUCAAAAAUGGUUGAGACAAAAGUUCAGGCCUUUUGAGAUUAAUGUCAGAAUUUUUUUAGAAAAAGCUUGGACGAUUCUGAGCUCCGAAAGUCGAACGUCUGCCAGGAAAUAAUCCAAAAUUUUGAGAUUAAUCUCAGAAAAUUUCUAGAAGAAACAAGGAAACUUCUGAGUUUCAAAUGUUGAAAAUUUGCAAGAAAAAAAAAAAUUUAUUGAAAAAAAUAUGGAAAAUUCUGAUUUUGUACAGUAGAUUUUUUUUUUUUACUUUUUCAACUUUCUGAGUUCCAAAAGUUGAAAAUGUCCAUCUAAAAAACUCUAAAAUUAAUUUAGAAAUGAAUCUAAUUGUGAAGUUGAAAAUUUAUGAGAUCCAAAAAUUGAGUUAAAAAAUUUUCAAGAAAAAAUUUCAUAAAGUCAGAACUGCAACUUCAGGAAAGUUUUGAGUUUCAAAAGUCUAAAACUUUCAACUUGUAGAGCUAAAAAAGUUUUUUUUCUGGAAAAUUUCUGAGGUAUAUAUAAAAAAUCUAAGUUUCUCCUGUCUGGAAAUUUACUCUAUUGUUAUUAUUAUUAUUAUUAUUAUUUUAUAAUGGCCCUAAUACGCUGUCGUAGGUGUUGGCGGUUAACUCCGGAAUAAAUCAGAUGUUUUGUGAAAAACGGUUGCAGUUGUCACCAGCAGGGGGAGUUCUCAAAGAGUCCAUUGAAUUUAAAUUACAUUUCACUUCCAUCUUAAAGCGAAUCUUUCUUAGAAAUGUUCAAAACAUAAGCUUGUGUUCUUAUUACCACAGAACUGGUUCAGUUUAAAUUAACUGUAUCUAAAAUUUGACUUGUUAACACCUAACUGUGUCUCAUGGCUUCACUGGCUCACAUGGUGGCUUGGUCAAACUUAAGUCUGGUCAAACAAAUGUGUUUUGUUUCUAUUAUUUAAAAAUAUCUAAUAUAUAUAUAUAUAUUUAAAUAGAAAACUUUUUUUAUUUAAAAAAUGGAAGUGUUCAAAGCUUCUGAAUGUUACAGAAAACUAAAUGCUAUCCCAUCAGCAAGAAAGUAUGUACUUGUGACCGACCGUUUCCUUAAAUACUGAAAUCUCAAUGUGUCAAAUGUGAAAUGUUCAGAAGUGUUCUAGAAAAAAGGGAGCUUGAAAAGUCAAAACUUAUGUAUAACUAAUUCAGAAAUAAAUUGGACAUUAAUCUAAAAACAAUUCUAGAAAAAAAUCUUGGAAAUUUUUGAGUGUUUUUUUUUUUUUUUUUUUUUAGCGAAUUCUUUACUAGAAAAAAAAAAAGCCCAGAAAUAUUUAUGUUUUUCUAUUUGAGAUUUUAAGUUUUUGACAGAAAUGUACUCUUUUCUCUCUCUGUCGUUCUCUCUCCAAUGGCUCCAAUGCACUAUUGUACAAAUUUACUCAAAUUAAUUAUUUUUUUUAGUUCUUCAAUGUGAGUUUUGUUUAUUAAUAGGGUUUUGCAUUAUUAUUCACUCUAAAAAAAAACAUCAGAUCUGAUUUAUUCCAGGAAUUAUACCACCAACGCAAAAACCGUCAGGGUUCCCACACAAUUCAUGAAUAACACUAAAUAUUAGUCGCUGAAUCGAUUUCAAUGGAGCGUGGAAUCCACACAGGCAAAUAACACACAUAAACACACACACACAAAAAGUCUGAUGUUAAUAUAAAAAACAAUAUAGGUGUAGAGAAAGUUAAAUUUAUCACACGGAUGCAACAGGAAGCAGUUUGUGUGUCCUGGUCCAUCGGUGCCGUCAGUAUUAUGAGAGAGGUUUAUUUACACACAUGUACAAAUCUGAGUAUCAAGGAAUCGCAUAUAACGAGAAAACUGAGCCGUGAGACACUCAAACACCAAGACUGUGAUAUGACUGCCAGAUAAAAUGUCUCUCCAAACUUCUUGAUGUACAUAUGCAAUGCCUUUUGUUUCAUUUUUUAUUUUAUUUUAUGUUCUUAUAGACAAGGUGAAUAAUGCAACGACUGAAAACAAAAAAAGGACGGUGUUUAACCACUAAUUAUUAUUAUUUUUUAAUGAAUAAAUGAAUUUACUUCCUAUCUCACAUGGGGGACGUUUCUAUGGAGACGUACCCCACCGCCUUCCUGUCAUCGUCGUCAUGGAAACGACCCGACUCCUGAACCCUUCGAGGACAUCACUGUACCCAUGGAGUCUGCACUGAACUGUUUUCUUCACCAUCUCUGGAAAAAAAAAAAAAAAGCUAAAAGUGGGACCUUGGCUGACCUUUUUGUUUUUUCUUCUUUUCUUUUUUUUUUUUAACAAUGGUGGUUUGAUCAGGUUGUUGCAAACUCACCGAUCCUUGCUCCUUUCUCUCCCAUUUUUUGUACCGUAGUGUUUGUUUUAUUUAUAUUUGUCAUUCUACACAGUGUUAUCUUGUAUGUUGUAAAAAGAAAAGAAAUUGAAAAAGAAAAACAGGCACGUCUUCAAAGUCUCUGAAAGGUGAUGAUGGAUUAACUGAUUUUUUUUUUUUCUUCUAUUUUUGGGAUCAUUUGCUUGUUUGUUUUCUUACCAAAACAUUAGGGCAAGAACCCAGUAGUGGACUUGCAUUGCCGUGUUAGUAUUUAUUUUGAAUUAAAUUAAAAGAAAUACAUUUCAGGUU